ACGCACACACACCUACACACACAUACACACACCCCGCAGGAUGGCUCUCUCUCCCUUUAAGUCGUCUCCCUCGCUCGCGCACCGCUCCCACCAGCAGCAGUAGCAGACAUGCUGAAGCUCCCUAUCCAUCGCCACAGCUGCUCUGCAUGCGAUCCUCACCGCGCGCCCAUUGUUGCCUGCCCACUGCAGUCUCGCGCACCUUCCCCGCAUUAAUAUUCAGCAGAGGGGCUAGUCUGGCAGCGCAGAGCCUCUCACACACGGACCGCAGAGGAACCCAGGAACCCACACCUGUCUGGCCCGGCCCGGAGAGAUCCGGAUCUGCCGUGUGGAACAGGCCUGAACAGCGUUUCAUUAAAAACAGCGCUGCAUUUACACUGAAGAAGCUUCUUCAUUCCUUCAUUUAUUUAUUUUUUACUGGUGAUCUGCACGGAGCUCACGAAGACCCGCCACAAGAUUCACUGACAAGUUAUUGCUAGUGAUAGUUGCCAUCAAGAGUGACCUUGUACGUCUGCAAAGCAUCCUUCUACAAAGGAACUUUCCAGAAGUUUGCCUGAAUGCAAGUCUAGUCUCUGGAUAUUCCCUUCCAUAAUCCUUUCUGCAAGAUCCCCAAUCAUCUUACUUCACUCCUCCACCAGCAGCCACCAUUCGCCCCUCUCUCGCCACAGCGGUUCUCCCGUCCAGGCCCCGCUCCCACCAGGCGUCAGGCAUGGCGCCCCAGGGGCGGGAGCACCUGGCUGCUCGGGAGCAUCAGCAGGCCGGGCGCAGGCGUAGCCCUAACAUGCGCCACACACUGAGCCCGGAGAACCUGCGGAGCCUGUCCGAGCGAGGAGGGUUGGACCCGGUCGGUACCAGCUCUGCCCCGGGACUCUCCAGGGCUACGAGUGACACGGACCUGGUCAGCUCCCAAAGUCGCUCCUCCCUCACAGCCUCUAUGCUGGAGUUCACCCUUGGCCGUGGGCAAAACUUGGUCAUCUCCUGGGACAUCAAGGAAGAGGUGGACGCCGCCGACUGGAUCGGGCUCUACCACAUAGAUGAGACCUGUCCAUCAAACAUGUGGGACUGCAAGAAUCGCGGAGUAAAUGGAACACAGUGUGGUCAAAUCGUCUGGAGGUUGGAGCCAGGGCCCUACUUUCUGGAAGCAGAGACCAGGAUCUGCUUCAAAUACUAUCAUGGAGUGAGUGGAGCCUUGAGGGCAACAACACCCUGUAUUACAGUCAAGAACCCUAGAGUUUUGGCUGACAGCCAAGGUGAAGGACAAGUGGCUUCAGACAACAGUCGAAAACUACUCAGCUUCACCCUAUCAGAUAUCAGGGCUGUGGGCUUGAAGAAGGGAAUGUUCUUCAACCCUGACCCUUACCUGAAGAUGAGUAUUCACCCGGGCAAAAGGAAUGGCUUGCCCACCUUCUCCCACCAUGGCCAAGAAAGAAGAUCUGGCAUUACAACCAACACAACAAACCCUGUGUGGCAUGGAGAGAGACACACUUUUGUGGCACUAAUGACUGACGUUCUAGUGAUUGAGGUGAAGGAUAAGUUCGCUAAAAGUCGACCAAUCAUCAAGCGCUUCCUGGGUCAGCUGAACAUCCCAAUUCAGAGACUGCUGGAAAGGCAAGCAUCAGGGAACCAGUCACUGACUUUCUCCCUGUGCCGUCGGUUGCCUACUGACCACGUAAGCGGUCAGCUACAGUUUAAGGUGGAUGUUACUGCUACUAACCAGGAUGAUGUCUCCCCGGAGUCAAUCUUUGGUGCAGCAGCCCUGAAUGGACCUCCUGGUACCCCUUCAGAUGACGAGGAUUUGCCCCAUCCUCUUCCGGUCACCUCCGGGGGUCCCUCUCCAACGGGGUCUCAGAGUUCCCGCAGAAAUGGGGAGGGGGGUAGCAUCCCAUCGCCCGAUACUGACACUUACUGCCCAACUUUGGAGGAUGAAGGUCCUCCUUCCCCUGAACUGCUUCAGGGCACCUUCAGUGAGCAGCUUGAUGCGAUUGAGGCUCCGAAAGGUCCAGGAGAGCGGCCGUUAGGUGCAGCUUCUCCCAAACUUCACUCCAGCUUUCCUACCCACACUCGCCUCAGUGCCAUGCUCCACAUUGACUCGGACGAAGAUGAGGAAAGGUCAGCCGGACCCGAUCCCCUGCCAUCCUCUCUGAAUGGAGUCCCUAGAAUCACCAGGGACCCGCUUGUGCUCCCCAAACCCCUUGAAGAACCUGAGGAACCAGAGCCAGAGGGAGAGGAACCCCCAGGAGAAGAGGAGGAGGAGGUCGGGGUGGAGUCAGAGGCUGAGACUCUGAGCUUAGGAACUGAAGUGAUACUGGAGCCAGAGGUUGUCCCCAGUUCUGUGGCCCCAGAAGUGGAGACAGCAAGUCUGAUGGAGAGGCAGGAUGAAGGGGAGGAGGAGGGUCUGGGGCCCAGUGAGGAGCUGGCGACUGAGGUGGACAUUUCGUCCAUGGCGUCUGACAGUGGCACAGUCCCUCCUGCCUCACAGGAGGCACAACAGGGGGCAGAGACAGCUAUAGAUCCAGGGGGAGGAGACUUCUCAGUUGACCCACGCACAACCUGUGAUGCUGACAAUGGAGGGGAACCUCCUCCCACUGAUGAUCUUGAACUGGACACUCCGCCGCCUGAGCUAUUAAUCAAUGAGGAAGAUGAAGAUGAGGUGGAGGAGGACACUAUGUCCAGGAGGUGGAGCCUGGAAGCGACAGCAGGUGUAUCACAGGAGGAAGAGGAGGAGGAAGAGGAUGAGCUGCAUUCAGUAGAGGGCGGGUCUGUGGAUUCAGAGACUUUUGUUACAGAGACAGACACAGAAACAGGUCACCUCCAGGUAAAUGGGCAUCAGCAGGUUCGCUCACUUCCCUCCGUAAGACAAGAUAUCCAUCGAUACCAGCGUGUAGAUGAGCCCUUACCUCCCAACUGGGAGGCUCGUAUUGACAGUCAUGGACGUAUCUUCUUUGUGGACCAUGUGAACCGGACCACGACAUGGCAGAGGCCCACAGGACCUCCUGCUCCGCAGGGUCUGACUCGCUCCAGCUCUAUCCAGCAGAUGGAACAGCUGAACCGCAGGUAUCAGAGCAUCCGCAGAACAAUGACCAGUGAGAGGUCUGAGGAGCAGGCCAUAAGCCUUCAACCUCUUGAAGACAUGGAUCUGCUGCCCCAAUCCAUCUCUGAGUAUCAUAGGGACAGCUCAAUGGCCCCCACCAACUCUCGCUCACGUUUGGCACUGCUGCUUCAAUCUCCUGGCGCCAAGUUUCUCUCCAGUCCAGACUUCUUCACUGUGCUGCAUUCCAACCCUAGUGCCUAUCGCUUGUUUACAAGUAACACGUGUCUGAAGCACAUGAUCAGUAAGGUUCGGCGUGAUGCGCAGCACUUUGAGCGCUACCAGCAUAAUCGAGACCUGGUCACAUUCCUGAACCUUUUUGCCAACAAGCAGCUAGAGCUACCACGAGGAUGGGAGAUGAAGCACGACCACACUGGCAAGUCAUUCUUUGUGGACCAUAAUUGCCGUGCCACGACAUUCAUUGAUCCACGGCUGCCCCUGCAGAGUUCCCGCUCCAGUGGCCUUUUGGCCCACCGUCAGCAUCUCAGCCGCCAGAGGAGCCACAGUGCAGGAGAGGUUGUGGAAGACUUACGUUCCCCGAGUCCCCCAAUGCAGCCACGACCUUCCAGUACCUUCAGCGGUUCCAGCCGCAGCCAAUACCAAGACCUGGUGCCUGUGGCUUAUAAUGAGAAGAUCGUGGCAUUCCUGCGACAGCCCAAUAUCUUUGAGAUCCUGCAGGAGAGGCAGCCGGAGCUUGUGAGAAACCAUUCCCUCAAAGAGAAGGUCCAAUUUAUUCGCAAUGAAGGUGCAUCUGGAUUGGCCCGACUCUCCAGUGAUGCAGAUCUAGUCAUGCUACUCAGUCUGUUCGAAGAGGAAGUGAUGUCAUAUGUGCCACCCCAUGCCUUAUUGCACACCAGCUACUGUCAUGCCUCUCCACAGAGCUCCCCUGGUACUUCUCGGGCAAAUGCUCGUGCCCCUGCCCCGUACAAACGUGACUUCGAGGCAAAGCUAAGAAACUUCUAUCGCAAGCUAGAGACGAAAGGCUAUGGGCAGGGUCCGGGAAAAGUGAAACUGAUCAUUCGUCGAGAUCACCUGCUGGAAGAUGCCUUCAACCAGAUCAUGUGCUACUCCCGUAAGGACCUGCAGAGGAGCAAGCUCUAUGUCAGCUUUGUUGGCGAGGAGGGGUUGGACUACAGUGGCCCAUCGAGGGAGUUCUUUUUCUUGGUGUCCCGAGAGCUCUUCAACCCAUAUUAUGGACUCUUUGAGUAUUCAGCCAACGACACCUACACUGUGCAGAUCAGCCCAAUGUCAGCCUUUGUGGACAACCAUCAUGAAUGGUUUCGGUUCAGUGGGCGUAUUUUGGGCCUUGCUCUGAUUCACCAGUAUCUUCUGGAUGCCUUUUUCACUCGACCAUUCUACAAAGGCCUGCUACGCAUCCCAUGUGAUUUGAGUGACUUGGAAUUCUUGGAUGAGGAGUUCCACCAGAGCCUACAGUGGAUGAAAGACAAUGACAUUGAAGACAUGUUGGAUCUCACCUUCACUGUCAACGAGGAGGUGUUUGGUCAGAUUACAGAGCGUGAACUGAAGCCUGGUGGAGCUAGUGUCCCAGUAUCUGAGAAGAAUAAGAAGGAGUACAUAGAGCGCAUGGUGAAGUGGCGUAUCGAGAGGGGAGUAGCCCAGCAGACUGAGAGCCUGGUGCGAGGCUUCUAUGAGGUUGUGGAUGUGCGACUGGUGUCAGUGUUUGAUGCCCGGGAGCUGGAGCUUGUCAUAGCUGGAACUGCAGAAAUUGAUCUGGCAGACUGGAGAAACAACACAGAGUAUCGAGGAGGUUAUCAUGACAAUCAUAUUGUCAUCCGAUGGUUUUGGGCUGCAGUGGAACGUUUUAACAACGAACAGAGACUGAGGCUCCUUCAGUUUGUUACAGGCACCUCGAGUAUUCCCUAUGAAGGCUUUGCCUCUCUCAGGGGGAGCAAUGGCCCGCGUCGGUUCUGCGUUGAGAAGUGGGGCAAAGUCACUUCCCUUCCAAGGGCUCAUACCUGUUUUAACCGUUUGGAUCUCCCUCCGUACCACUCCUUCUCCAUGCUUUAUGAGAAGAUGCUCACCGCUGUGGAGGAAACUAGCACCUUUGGCCUGGAGUGAGGCUUACUUAGAACUCUCCUUCACUUUCUGGCACAGCCUGGACCUCCACCAAGUCUUUUUAGUCCAUUCUGUAUCCCCAACCCUCAUCACCACUCUUAAUAUGGCCUUGGUUCUUGGAGACUUUUCUCCUUUCCUCUCAAACUAGGACUAUGUGAUUUUACUGAAGCUUCUGCUUGAGAGCUCCUAGAGGACUCAAGGCUGAGCCCUGUUCGUUGUUCUGUAGACAGACACAAACACACUGAAUGCAUUAGAUAUAUAAGCUGGAACUUUCUUUUCCUCUCACAUUCACGCAGACAAACAAUAGAUACACAAAAUACCCCUUUCCAUAUGACCACAUAUACACAGUCUUCUUCACCCAACCUUAUCCAUGCUCCACCCACUAACGCUACAGGUCUUUCAUAGCAACUACUGCAACUUUGGAAAAAGUUACAGAACAUAAGCCAAAAUCCCAUUUAGUCUAAUGAGAAACUGUACCAUACGACUCAUUAUUGAGUUUUUCCAUCGUUUUUGUGUUCAGGAUAUUUUGAGUGAAAUUAUGGCUCGAUGAUGUUGCAGAGGAAUGAGUGUGAAUAUUGGGUAGGUCAGUAUCCUCUGGCUCCAAAUUGGAUUGUGGAUCUGCUGGCUCAAACAUAUAUAGCUGUACAGUUCAAUAAAACUCCUAGAUGGGAUGAAUUCUUGUGUUUGUGUCAGGUGAAGUGCUGCUAGCUGCUUAAUUUCAAUCCAAUGUCUCUGCCCAACCUAGUGAGAUAUCAGAUACACAAACGUUAGUGUAAGGCUUUCGGUUUGACAGCUUUUUGGUCAAAUUUUCUCAUUCCACCUUAGGUGGUGCAGCUGUUACAUUCUGGUGAUUAUGAAGCUGAAGAGGCUGCGCCUUUUUUGUGAAUCCUGCUUUUUUCACAACUUUGAUACCUAAUUUUUAUUAACUUGGCGAUUUUUUUUGGCGAUCAUUCAAAUUUGGCUGCGUGAUUGAUAACACAUUUUUCUGUGUUGUGACAAACUGUAAACACAUUUAUUUCUGCUCCUCAUAGACAUUAAGAAUCGCUACAUAAUGCUGAGUUUUCUGUUUAAAAUUCAAAUCUGACAAUGUGGCCUGUUGUGGCUGUAACUGGCUUUGGGCCAGUAACUAAUCAUAUUGAAAUUUAUCAUUUAAAUAAAUGCCAAUAUUACAUACAAUUCUCUUUUAUCAUCAAACAUCAAAUAAGCAAAAGUCACUCACCACCUUUUUCUAAAGGCAUUGUUAACAAAUAACAAAUAAACAAACAUUACUCAGUGCUGCCCUCUGAAGGUAUGAGAAUAUAUGUAUCUGUAUAAAUUAUUAAGUAAUAACAGAAACUUACAUUAAUUUUUAUCUGGUAGCAGGUGUUGGUGAAACAUAGUGGAUAAAACCUUUGCCCUCGAUGCAGCAGAUAAGUUUGAUUCCCUGACUAGGCAUCAACACCCAUGACACUGCCUGACUCCUAAUAUUGUCUUUUGUACUUUCCAGUGCAACUUUUUUAGUGUAGCUAUGUGACCAUUCACACACAAACAAUGUAAAUGAUUUAAAAGCUCUAAAUGUUGGUAUUUAAACAAGCUAGUGUUGUGUGCUACAGUUUCUUGAAUGGGAGAAUACAGUAGUUGCUAUCAAAGACUACAUACAUAGUUAGAGAAUGGACAGGUUAGUUCCUCUGCUGAAGGAAGACAAACCCAGGAAUGCACAGAAUUAAGUAAUGGAUGGAUGCACACUCAUCACUUUAUACAGGGUUGAAUGUUUUUAUGAAGAGUCAUUUAGUGCAGAUCUAACUGUACCUACUGGUUCUUCACUUUUGUGGAUCAUCUCAUAGAUCUUCUGUCUAUGGGGCAUAUUGACUGUUUCUCAACCACAGAGAGAGAAGCUGAUGCAUUCAAGAAGUCAACAUUCAGCUAUGUUAGAGUGGAACCCAACCACUGUAGUUCAUGCAGCAUGUUCUCAAACCAAGGGUUCAAAUGUUGAGUCCUGCUUUUAGGGAUGAUCUAUUCAGAUGGACUAGAACUAGGGGGCAUUAUAUCUUUAAGCUUUCUUAUAGCUUAAUACUGAAGCUGCAUGUUUACUGUAGCUGCUGCGAAAAUGAUGAGAUUAGACCCCUUAAUCCAGCGAUGUAAAGGUUACCUCUCUAACCUCCAUUUUUUAACAUCAGGUCUGUCGUGUCCACAAUGAUACCAAUUAUAAAAACUGUAAUAGUCCAUGAUUUAUGGUUCAAAAUGGAACAGAGUCUCCAUAAAGGCCAUUAUGGUGAUGUUCAAAGGGGUCAUUUUGCAAACCCAGGGUGUUUAAACUUACUUAUUUCUAAGCAGGAACCCAAGCAGAUAUUAAGGUUUUGAGUUUUAAGUUGAGAAUUGGGUUAGAGUAAUUGGUGGGUUCAAGGUUAGGGAAUCACUGAAGGGAAAUUAUACAGAUUUUUCAAAAUCUAUGGAUAAUUCAGUGGCUAAGAAAGCUGAACAAAGUGCUGGUAAAGGGACCAGAGGUUGUAAUGUCUGUAACAGAAAUAUAGCCAUUUUACUACCCAGUUUUUAUUUGCUAUGGUGUAAAUAUGUAUUCUUUUGGGACCAUUUUGCCUUACAACACCUUGCAUGUACUGCUCCUCUGUGAAUCACCUUUAAUAACACACUUUAGCCCACACCUUCUCAAAAUUAUCAUAAAACAAUGUCUUGAUCAUGAGGUAGCAUUUAAUAACAUAACAUAGUAACUUUCUGUGAGUAUGCUUUUAGAGGUGGGUAUGUGGUUCCUGUCACCACCACUGUGAACAAUUCUGACUCACUAGGUUUAUCUAGUAAGGAGUAUUUCACACCACACCACUCUGAAGGACUUCUCAACCAUUUGAUUAGACAGAAAUAUAGAAAGGUCAAUGGGAUUCCCCUUGAAUAUCUAGCUGUAUGCAAAUGAUAAAAGGUAACGGGUGUGAAUCUCUGAUUUCAUAAAUUGAUUUGGCCAUGAUUUUUUAGGAAGCUGUUCAAUGAAUCAUAAAAUUCCACAUUUUGUUAUAAUUUGUUUUGAUUGUUAGUACAAUUCAAAAUUAUUUUUAAAACAAAUGCUGAAUGUACAAAUGCAACUGACAAAAGCAUUAUACAUUUUUGGGCUUGAAAAUAGCCCAAGGUUUAUAUAUUUGGCUAAUAAAGAGCACACACUUCAUUCAAUAUUGGUAUAAUAGUUUAAAAUCCAUUAUACAACAAUUUCAUAAUUGAUGCAGAGUUGAUCCAUUGAUUUAUUUUUACACUAAAAUCUUCUACAAAGCAAAGUGUUGCUAAACACUGGCCUGUGUGGGAGAAGAACAAUAUUUCACAAAAGCUCCAGUGACAAAAGAUGUUUCUCCAUUUGUAUUUUACCUAACAGAGAAAUAAUAGGGGAGGUGAAGGAAACCAGUAGUUUUUGUCACGCACAGGAAUUAGGCAGCAGAAGCAGUUUAAAAACUGUUGCCUUAGAUUUCCUCCAGGUGGUCAAAGAUAAAUAAUGCAGCACUACUUUUAUAGCUGAAAUAACUCAAAAAUAUUCAAGAUGUGAGGUGGGUAGAGCAGCUUAAAGAGCCCAAAUCAUGGAAAAAAGAAUUUCCCUUGCUUUUUUAUAAGGAAUUUGAAGCAGUAUAUAAACAUAAGUUUGCAAACAUGUAUUAAAGUUUCAAAACGUACCAUUCACUCACAAGUCCAUACAGUCUAUAUAUGUAGAAACUAUACUGUAAAAACAGCUUGUUUUGAAUUCAUUGUUUUUGACAUUACAAGAACCAGGUCAUUUUCCAUAUAUCCACCUAUUCAGCCUACAGCAGUUUAACUCCAUCCAUUCAGCCUAAAAAGCAUUUUUAAAUCAUCAUGGAAGGAUACACGCAGGGUGUUGUGAGGCAAAAUAGUCCCCAAGGAAAACUUACUAUUUCAGAUUUUCUACUAUUUUACCAUCAUCAACAUUCCAUAUAAAAGCUAAGAAGACACAUGUAGGUUCACUGGGGGUUUGGAUAGUAAAUAAAAUACCUACAUUUGUAGUGUAGACUGCCCUGCGAUGGACUGGC